AUGGACGACGAUGUGGACUUUGAUGAUCUCUUGGGAGAAGAGCGGGUCGUGGAGAGUAUGACGACAAAACGACCUAUCAACGACCAACCUUCACCUCCCUCAGCCAAUGAGCUCCGCUUAGGCCGGAGAGUCUUGGAACUGGAGAAAGAACGCGACGCUUUAGCUGCCGAACUAUCCAGCCUCCGCUCCGCCCAGUCCCAAUCCACCUCCGAGCCCCUCCUUCUCCCUUCCCCGGCCCAGACGCCCGGACCAAUACCGCCCAUAACGAUUCCCCAUGCACUCCUGCCCGUUCUUGGUGUGCUUCGGCGGCACGUCGAGGAGCUCGCGCGCGAGAAUGCCGCGUUGCGGUAUACAUUCCUCGGUCCUCCCGGCGCCUCUGCUACUGCAGCGGCGGCGAGAGCAUCACCUGCUAGUGUCAUGCGGGCGGGAGUGGGUUCGGGGUCAUCGACUGUACCGAGUGCAGGACUGGGAUCAGUGGACCAGGCGUCUAUCGAUGAUGGCGCAAUGCGGGGAGCAGAGGCACGGGAACAAGGUGUCGACCUGGACAAGGUCGUACAGAGGGUCAAGGCGAUCAUGCUGGAGAACGAGGAGCUGGGGGCGAUGGUGGUCGAGGGGGGGAAACUUGAGGGGCAAGAAGCAGAAUGGCAGAAGGCACUAGACGAAUCAAAAGCUGUCAUACAAUCCCUCGACUCCGACCUUACCCAUCACCUGAGCACAAUCCAGACCCUCCGCGCCGAACUCCACUCCGCCAAAUCCACGCCCGCACCUCCUUCUGUCCCCGUCCAGGCGCAACACCGUCCAUCACACGGACACAGCCAUGGUCAUUCGAAACAACCCUCCAUAUCCUCCGCGUCCGGCUCAGGGGUAGGGUCCGGGAUGUUUGGCCCUCCCCGCGCACCGUCGGCCUCGACCAACCGACAACGACCACCCAUUUCCUCAGCAGCAUCCACGGGGUCGGUCGGGUCUGGGCAUGGGCAGGCACAUGGGUCAGUCAAGAUGGAGCCGGGAAUCUCGGGCGGUCGGGGCGGUGCGGGACAGAUGGGAUCGGGAGGGAGUGGGAGAGUCGUACCGGGUUCGGCACCCCCCGCACCCGCACCUGCGCCUCCAACGCAGGGUCUGAGCAUGGCGGAGAGGAUAGGGACUGGGAAGCAUAGAGAGGUGGAGAAGGAGCCGCCGAAGGGUCCGAGGGAGGAUCGAGAUGUGAAGCGGAGGAGAUAG